UUUGUUCAAAGAAACUAAAAUUUACUUGGUUUAUCUUGUGAUGGUGGUUGUGGGGAAUAAUGUGGAUAUUAUAUAUGGUUGAAGCUUAGUAGGUUGGGGUUUAAAGAAAAGCUUUAAUUGGCCUCGAGGCUUGAUGGGUACAUUGUUUAAAGAGUUUGCUGGUUUUUAUCUGUGAAAGUUGAGGACUCUUGAAGUUGGACAUAUAUAUAUGGUGCCAAGAUUGGGGAAGAUGAGGAUGAACCAGUACUAACUACUAACUUCUUUGUUGUUCAAUGUACUAGAAGAAAAAAACCAUGGUGUCAUUUUCUCAAUCAAUUACCAGUAAGAAAAGCUGCACCAUCAUUACAUAAAGGUCAGUCAUAAUCUAAAAAGUUAAAAACAAGAUUUACCGUCCAAUCCUAGGCACCAAAUCUUACUAAGAGAUACAUACUCACUCAACUAUUUUUUAUGAUCUACAAUCCAAAAUCAAAAAUAACAUUCACAAUUUACAAUUUAUAUUUCUAGCUUAGUAUGAAAGUAUAACAUAUAUUUAAUCAAAAAAAAAAAGUAUAACAUAUAUCACAACUAAAUACUCUUGUUGCCUAUCUCCGGUAAUAACAGCGGUGAAUACGAUUAAUGAGUAAUUAUAUCCUAUAUGUACCGUUAGUCUGCUAUGAUGGUCCCUCAAAACUUUUUAGCUAUAGCGUUUAGUGAUGAUGUAGGCACUCUGGUUUUAGCUUCGUGUUCUUGUAUGAGUUAGGAAAAUUAUUGGUUGAUGGGUUUGGGCCUACGUGGAUUUAUCUCUUUUGGGUUUAAGAUCCGAACCCCAAUCGCAUCUAACAUAAAUAACAAAUUGCUUAGCCCAAAGAUUUUACAUCCUAAAUAGACAAAGGUACAAAACAGACUCGACGAACUGAGAAAAACAGAAGCAGAAGCUUUUAGAAGAACAAAGAUAACGAGAGAGAGAUGGCCGGAGCAGCACAACCACCAAAGAGAGGAUUACAGCCGCCUCAUCGCCCUCGAUUUGCCCCUGUCGAUCGCGAAAAGACUUGCCCCUUAUUGCUUCGCGUUUUCACCAAGGCUGGAAGCCAUCAUGUCAGUGACGAUUUUGCAGUGAGAGGCAAGGAGCCGAAGGAUGAGGUUCAAAUCUAUACUUGGAAGGAUGCUUCACUCCGCGAGUUAACUGAUCUGGUCAAGGAGGUUGCCCCCGCAGCAAGACGGAAGAAUGCAAAACUUUCCUUUGCUUUUGCAUAUCCAGAUAAACGUGGCCGUUUUAUAGUUAGAGAGGUGGGGCAAACCUUUGCUUUUGGAAACGGAAGACUCGAUGACAAGAUUUUGGCUGAGCUUGGCUUUGAGAUUGGAGAUUACUUGGAUGUGGCAAUUAUGUAGACAAGCUCUCUUCGGUGUUUUGAUAUUUAAGUUCAGUUUAAUCUUCAAUUUGAGUCGAUGUCUGUCUAGUCCCAAUGGUGUGCUUUUACGGUUUAGCAGAUUGGAAUUUGGAAAUCCUUUGGAGUUUAUGGAACAUAUGUAUGCUAAACCACAGAGAACGGUUAGAUUUCUACUUUGUUUCACAUAGUUUGGGUGUACAUUGUACUUUACUUUUUUGUUUCUUAAAUUUUUUAGAGCAUAUUAUAUGCUAAGGUUCUUGGAUCACCCGGUGUCUUGUAACUGCAAGACAAGUUAUUUAAUUUUAAUAAAACUGAAUUUAAUUUUAAUAAACUAGUUAGGUACCCGCGCGAUGCUGCGGAUAUACUUUUUGGAUUGUU